AUGGAAGCUGGCGUCUUAGCCAAGAUAGCAUCUACGGAGGAGUUGGUUGGAGAUCAGAUUAAAAUCCAGUACAUCCCAAGUAUAGAUGUUCUAGAUGUGAAUCAGAUAGGUAGAGUAGCCAACUGGACCACUCCCAUCAUGUCUUAUCUCAAGGACAAAUUCCUCCCCGAGGAUAAAGAUGAAGUAAGGAUGUUAAGAGUAAGAGUAGCGAAGAUUGUCGUCAUGGACGAAGUACUAUAUAAAAGUGGUUUCUCUCAGCCCUACUUGAGGUGUUUAACUCCAGACGAGUCCCACUACGUCCUGAGGGAUGUCUAUAAAGGAGCCUGUGGAAACCACUCAGGGGCCAGAUUCCUCUUCCACAAGAUAGUCCACGUAGGAUACUAUUGGCUGUCCAUGCAGGCAAAUGCCAAAGCUUAUUUCAAAGUGUUUGACAAGUGUCAACGCUACAACAAUAUACCUAGAUGA